UUUCAUCGAGACGAUCAAACGAUCAACGAAGGAAAAAGAAGACGAUGGUUCCUUCCGGAAAAAGGAAUGAUUGUUAAAUGAACCGGUUGAUAUCAAUUGUGGAUAAAAAUGGCGUAGAUAAAAUUUUCACACCUCUGAGCGGGAUAUAACUCAUCUUGGGCUGAGUGAAUUUGUGUGGAUUUUUUUUUCUUUUUGUACUUGAUGAGCAAGGAUAUAGUUAAAGACCCGUGUACGUUGCCUCGCAACUCUAACCAACGUAAUCGCUCAUCGAAUCGACCUCAUCGCGCCAAUAAGGAUCGGUUUUCAGUUUUCCAACAGCAACCGCAUCAUACCUAUGAUCUGUCCAUGGCCAUGAAUCCUCCCAUUCACUCAUUAGCCAUGCACGCCACGGCGUUUUCAUACCACGACGCAUCCAAGCCCACCAUGGGAAACGAGGCUAAUACGGCAUCUUCUCUUGUCGCCAAUACAAUGGCCACGCCAUUACCCUAUUUUAUCUAUGAUUACUCAUCCCAGUCCGGAAGCUAUCAUCCUCAAAAUAUCUGUGAAAAUAAUCCUGCCGAACAAUCCUCCCGUUGGUCCUCCGGAGCCCACGAUCAAUCCCAAUUCAUCACAAUAGCGUUUGAAAACCCCGUGGUCGCCAAAUCGAUUCUGUUUGGAAAAUUUCAUCGAGGUCACGUAUGCAAUCUUAAAGAGUUUAAAAUCUUUGGCGGGCUUGAUCCAGACAAUAUGACCGAACUGCUGCAUCACGGGCUUCGUAACGAUACCCAACCCGAAACCUUUUCCCUCAAAUAUUCACAUAAGAACCUCGUUUUUCCCAUUCAGUAUAUUAAGAUUGUACCACUGGCCACGUUUGGACCCAACUUUAACUACAGUAUAUGGUAUAUCGAAGUCCACGGGAUAGCCGAUACCUACAUUAUGCGCAGAGUAUUCUCGGAAUACGAAAAUUUCCAGCAAAACGAAACGACACGACUAUGUUUAAAGUAUUUCCGACAGCGCAAUAUGAUGGACGUCUUUCACGUUUUAAAGAAUCGGACCGGGAUUCAAUUGGAGCAUCCUUUAUUGACGGAACUGCAUGACACAUUGAUCCAUGGUGAUUUCGAUACAAGCGAAAAACUGCUUCAUCAAGCGUACGAGCACGAUAUUUUUUUACCUUACGCCAAUGAAGCACAGUAUACAGCAAUAUGGAAAAAAAUCUCGCCCGUGAACGAAGAUGGGGACGCUCCUUGUGCUCGAGGAGGCCAUCAAAUGUGUAUUGAUAUCGAUGACCGGAAAAUUUACUUGCUGGGAGGAUGGAAUGGUAAAAGGGACUUGGCCGACUUUUGGUGCUACAACAUUAGCGAGCAACGAUGGCGUCUGUUAAGUUCAGACACCCGAGAGAAAGGCGGGCCAACUCCUCGGUCUUGUCACAAAAUAUGCUUUGAUCCGGUCAGCCGAUCCAUCUUUGUGCUGGGUCGGUACGUGGAAUCACUCGCUAUUUCCGACACUGCCCUGGAAUCCGAUUUUUAUCGUUAUUAUGUCGACUUUGACCAGUGGACCAAGAUUAGUCACAAUACGGCGCAAGAAGGAGGCCCAGAGUUAAUCUUUGAUCAUCAGAUGUGUGUUGAUUCGAAAGAAGAAACAUUGUACAUCUUUGGUGGUCGAAUCGUGUGUCCCGAUCCCAAUGUUCACAGUUACAGCGGGCUGUAUGCAUACCAUAUUGGGACCAAUACGUGGAAAUUAAUCAGGAACGAGGAAGCGUUAAGUUCAGGGAUGUCGUCGCCGGCAUCCUCGGCCAGUUCCACGGCAGGCCCUAUCCUUAAAUCCCGCGUGGGGCACUCGAUGCUGUUUGAUCAUAUUUCUCGGGAUCUGUACAUAUUUGCUGGUCAGCGUGUUAAGGAUUACUUGGCCGAUCUGUAUCGCUACUCGGUCGACACAGAUACAUUGUACGAAGUCACACAAGAUUAUUCCAAAGAUACCGGCCCCGAUGCAGGAUUUACACAGCGUGCCACCAUGGACGUCGACCAGCGGGAAUUUCAUGUGUUGUCAGGUUACAUGCGCAAUCAAGGCUGCGAUGUCGUCAAGAACGCUUUCUGGAUAUACAACCUCGAUAACAACCGAUGGAAGAAGAUUUAUCAAAACGAAAACAAAGAUCCCGAAUACUGGCAACGCAUGGAUCAGGUUGAACCUCGGCCACGAUUCGCGCAUCAGAUGGUGUAUGAUCCAAAGACACGAACUCAAUACCUUUUCGGUGGCAACCCAGGUGAUCAUUCCGAAACGAGCAAACGCUUGGACGAUUUCUGGGAAUUAUCGCUGGUCAAACCUGAUCCGAAAUCCAUUCUCCGGCGAUGUCGGUACCUUUUAAGAAUGCAAAAACUACGAGAAAUGAGCCGUUCGGCGCGGUUGCAACAGUCCACCACCGCGUAUGGUGAUGAUGACGUGAGUCAAGCCACAUUGAAUGCCCUCCAGUAUCUACGCACCCAUGUGGCACCUUUGGUCAAUCACGAGCGGGAGGAUGAAACCCUCGAAUUCCGCCAAAUGUGUGCGCAACUGUGUCUUCCUGAUAUCGUUAUGCAAGACUCGGAUUACACAGAUUAUGUCGGUACGUCUCUUGCCACCGCACAUAAAGACGUACUCUAUGGUGAGCGGACGCGAUUAUUUGAGAAUCUACUGGAAUACAUUCCUGAGGACAUGAAAGAACCCACGGGACAAUUGGUCAAUGCUGUAAAGCUAGUUUAGGAUGGAAUAAACAUUGACAAAAACUAUAAACGGAGAAUUGAUCCGAUGUUUCCG